GGCCUGCAGGCGGCGACGGCGAGCGGACGUGUGUACUAUGUCACGAAGAACCCCACGUAUCUGUCGGGAUCGUCACAAUGUUCAAGCGGAGGUGGCUCAUCCGGCGGGCAGCAGGAGGCACCGGCGGCCCCCAACGGCACCUUCCGCAACGAAGCGGAGACGGCAGUAGCAGCACUAGCAGCGGCGGCGGCUGUGACGGCAGGAUUCACAACGCAACCUGGCCACCUGGGCUCUCAGGCGGACAGCGAACCGCUUGCAACGAGGGUGGGCGGCCUGAGUGACGGCGGAGCAGCCGUUACGUCGCCGUCCGCAUUGGCAGUCGGAGGGUGCAAUGGGGCAGCGAGCGGCCAUGCUAAGAGCGCUCCCGGCGGGUUGCCGAG